AUGUUCCAGAAAGCAGAGGAUGCGAUUGGACAACCCGAGUUAUGUCCCUCGCAGCGGAUUGGGUGCUCAGCCAGUGAAGGGAACCUGUGGAGGAUGGAUGGACAGAGAAAAGAGGAGGGAGAAAAGAGGAAAGAAGAGGUGGAGGUGAGAGGAACAGCUGAUGGAGGAAGAACCUGUGAGUCAAGAACGACAGUGUCCUCACCCCCUCUCUCCCUGGCCCACUCCCAGCCCUCCUCCUAUUUCCUCCACUCUGUAAUCCCUCCUUACCACCCAGGAUACUGUGGUGCUCAUACGAGACCAGUCCCCAGGACCCAACCUCACAGCCACACUGAAAUCCAAUCCACAGCCAUAGGCCCUAACCCCUACACUACCCAGUCCACGGCCCGUAACCCAUACACUAUCCAGUCUACGGCCCCUAACCCCUACACUACCCAGUCCACGGCCCCUAACCCCUACACUACCCAGUCCACGACCCCUAACCCCUACACUACCCAGUUCACGACCCCUAACCCCUACACUACCCAGUCCACGACCCCUAACCCCUACACUACCCAGUUAUCUAAGCCCUUUGCUACACCAUACACUCACACAGAUAUAAAUGAAGACAGCCAUGGAACUUAUUCUGAGAAUGAUAUUGAUUCUGGAUGUAGUGACUAUUUUAAGAAGGAUGGAGGCCUAGACUCUGCACAUCGUUUUGGAAAGGACUUCAAGAGCAACAUUGAUAGUUUGUAUCGUUAUGUGAAUGAGUCCAAGACUAAAGAAAGGCUGGAGUAUGGCUUUGUCUCUGAAUCCAUCACUGACUUUGACUCCCUCUACUGCACCGCUAACGUCACUGAUAAACAGCCUCACACCGGCUCACACACACUCGUCAGCAAUGACACACACACUCAAGGCUGCACCACCCCAUAUAAAAACGUUGACGCGAUGAUGAUGGCAUGUGCCAAAACACACACUGUCGGUUCCCUUGGUCGCACUGACACACACACACACACACACACUCUCACCCUGGCCAGAGCAGAACCUCUAAAGAUCUCCCUCCCCUCCCUACCUGGUACCUCUACCACCCCAAAAACUGUCCCAUCCACAGGGGUGCCCCUCCCCGCCUCUCCCCCAUUGGGGCACUCGACCCCCCCUAUCGCUCUGGGCCCCCUCCUCCGGGCCUGGAUGCGUCCUGCCUCAGCUCACCCCUGUUUCCCCGCUCUCACACCCUCCCUGCCCUGGCCGCCCCCCUCUACUACCCUUUUCUCUACCCCCCUAUCCCCCUCAGGAAAACCUCCGACCCCCCCCCCUGUAAAACUCAUCCAGGCUCUGCCGCUGCCGCCCACGCUGACGGUUCGUAGCGUCUCAUUUGCCGGCUCUGUACAGAGAGGCGGGAUUUCCUGGAUGGGCGAUGACGUGAAGGCCCCUCUGAGAGGCCUAGGUCUGUCCUCUCUGUGCCUGCUGGAAAAAAGAGCUCUGGUCAGUGCAGUCAGUGUGGCAGUGGAGGCCAUUUUGGCUCAGUUCAGCUCCUCACGGACCCUGGUGCAGAAGUCUGCCUCCAUUAACAAGGCUCUAUCAGGAGACAGCAGUGUGAAUCCGUCUCUGGGCCGGCUGGUGCUGCAGUGUUUGUGCCCCGCCCUGCGGAGCCUGCUCUCCGACGGCCUCAAGCCCCACCAGAGUGAUUUGAUCUCGGGCAGGAGGCCAAACUCAGCCUGGGGACUGGUCCAGGCCUCCACCAGGCCAGGUAGGAACUCUGGAGCGCAGUACAGAGGGCCCAGCACUCAGUCCCUGUACAGCCUCCAGGCUAGAAUAGGAGAGCUGCCCCAGCUCUGGCAGAACAAACACAGAUUCAACGCCUUCCUCCUCGGCCUCCUCAACAUCAAGCUUAUGGAUUUCUGGCUGUCCCAUCUCCAGUCAUGCAGUGAUGUGUUGGUGACGUUCUACCAGCCCUCCUCCUUCAUGCGUUUGUCAUUGACUUCCUGCCAGCCUCUGUUUGAGGAGCUCCUCCUCCUGCUGCAGCCCCUCAGUCUCCUGACCCUUAACCUCGACCUGCUCUUCCAGCACCACCACCUGGAUCCAGCCAACCACAGCCCAGAGAUCCCCAGCCCACCCAAUCAGGACCUGGGGUUCAGGCUCUCGCCCCGGGGGUCCGCUUCCCAAGGCAGGGGCAGCAGCUAUCUUGAGAGCCUAUCAGAGCUGGACUUUGGGAGAGCAGAACCCGAGGCGACCAAUCAUAAUGCGAGCUCGUCGUCCCUGGCCAACUCAGGGGUGGGAGGGUUGGUGGAGUCACUGAAGCCAGCGAGUCUCAGUGUGGGGCCUGCAAAGGUCUCUGGGGGUCUUGCGGAGACAAGUCCUCAGCUGAUGUGGGUUCAGGAGAAAGAAAUUAGGGAGCUAGCACCUCCUAAUGUUGAGGAGGCCAGUCUCUCCCAACAGGCAGGACAGGUGAUCCAGCAGGGAUGGGGGGCUGUGGUACGCUGGGGGGGCAAGCUGGGCCAGAACCUGGCUGAACUCAGCCUGUCUGCAGUACAGAACCAGGAGGGGACAUCCAGAGACCCCCCAGAGCCCCAGGCCAGGAGUGACCCUCCUCAGGUCGACGGAGCAUUGGCGGUCCCCUGGGGUUUGGGACGGCUGUUUGGAGCCUCCAAUAACCCCACGAUACCCACACUUCCAACCAGACGUCCGUCUCAGUGGUUGUCUCCAGGGGUGUCUGUUCUGACCCGGAUGGUGAGCAGCAGUUCCAGCGCUAACCAGAGGAGGGCGCUGGAGCCCCAGCAGGUAGAAGAGGUGUUAGAGAGAGAGAUGGAGGAGACAUGGGACAACCCAAGACCCCUCAGGUCAGUCAGAACACUAUGCGACCACUCUGGCACAGGGGCAGAGCUAAGCUUCCAGAAAGGGGAGGAGUUAGUGGUUUUAGGGUGUGUCGAUCAGGACUGGAUUCGCUGUCGUCAGGGAGACCAAGAGGGGCUCGUACCCAUUGGCUACGCCUCACUGAUCCUGUGAUUUCAGACACCUGAUCAGAGUUUUGAUUGUUUGAAUAUAUCUGGGGGAGGGAAAAUGAAGUCAUAAAGCUAUAAUGUAUUUAGGCAACCAUAAAGAGGCUGUGGUGAAGUCCCAAUGCUCUCAGAGAAAUAGUUCAAAUCACAUGUUUAUAUCUCUAAAGUGGUCCAAAGUCGUAUGUCAGGGUUCCCUAACUGGCGGCCCAUGAUUUUAUUUGGCCCCCAAGUUUUCUGAGCAAAGGGUUUGGGUUACAUUUAAGACAUUUACAUUUAAGUCAUUUAGCAGACGCUCUUAUCCAGAGCGACUUACAAAUUGGUGCAUUCACCUUAUGAC